GCGCAAUUUGCCUGAGAUACCGAGGAGAGAAUGAAUGGUUAUGUAAAGAGAAUGAGUUUUCAACAGUUUAUGGAACUGACAACAACGUUACUCUCUCUCCUGCUGGUUAUGGCUGUUGAUUCAACGAGGACUGUGGCAGUGAGCGGAAGCCAGCAGUGUGGGAAUUCUGUGCAGCAGACUUUAAAGCUCACCAGACUCUUAAAGAAGGAAUCUGUUGACCUCAUCGAAACAUAUAAGGCCUCUCAAGGAGAGAUGUCAGAGGACCUCUGCAAUUUGUCGGUCAACAACAUCCCUGACCCCAACAUCUCUGGCCUGGAGCCGUCAGAGAGGAUAGCGAGCAUCUACACGCACCUCCAAGCCUUCCUCACACAUUUCAAACGGGUGUACGAGCAGCAGACAGACUUGCAGUUACCAUCGAACCCGCUGCUGGCUGAGCUCACCAAUGUCAGCACCCGCAGCAGGAAUCUGGCAUCUCUCAUAAACAGCUUCUACCAGAGCCUCUUCCCAAACCUGCCCAUGCCUGAGCCAGCAGGGGGGCCCACGACGCUACCUCCGCCUCAGAACGUCUUCCAACAGAAGGUCUACGGCUGUGCGGUCCUAAAGACCCAUUUAGAGUUCCUGUCAAAUGUCUACAGAGAACUGAGAACCCUCAAGAGCAAAGUCUGCAGGGGGAUAUAGACGAACGCACCCUUCUUCUGAGGAUGACCUAAGGCUGGCCUUAGACCGUCAGUUUCCAACAACACCUGUUCUCACUGGGUUUUGAUAAAGACUUGCAAAGAUGUUUGAAGGUGGCUGGUACAUCAAUGUAAUGGAGCCUAUUUAUGGUAUUUAAUAUUUAUUUUCUUUUGUGUUCCAAAUGAAGGGUGUGAAAUCCAUCUAAUUCAUGUAUAUUUAAUUCAUUUGAUGUUAUAUAAGUAUCUAUUUUGCUGAUGUAAACUUAUUUACUGCAUAUGGAAUUAUUAAAAGAAAAUUUAAAGCUG